AUGACAAUGCUUAAUUUCACAUAUUAUAAUCCAGUUAGAUUAAUUUAUGGAAAAGGGUCAUUAGAUGAGAUUGAGAAACAACAUUUAAUUCCUGAGGAUGCAAGAAUCAUGAUGACAUAUGGAGGAGGAUCUAUUAAGAAGAAUGGAGUUUAUGAAGAAGUCAUGAAACAUAUUAAACCAAUAAUAGAGUUUGGAGGAAUAGAACCAAAUCCAUCACAUGAAACAUGUAUUAAGGCUAUUAAAAUUGCUAAAGAAAAUCAAAUUAACUUCUUUGUUGCAGUUGGAGGAGGAUCAAUUAUUGAUGCAACAAAAUAUAUAGCACUUGGAAUGGAACAUACAUAUUCAAAUGAUCCAUAUGAUAUUUGUAUUAAAAAAAGAGAAUUUAAAGUAAAUCCAGCUAAAGCAAAAAUAGGAGUAAUUUUAACAAUUCCAGCUACAGGAUCAGAAAUGAAUUGUUGGGGAGUUAUUUCAAGACAUUCAGACAAACAAAAAUUAUCAUUUAGUGAGAAUCAAUUCUUCC